CGUGCCAGUCGAGAAGCAGGCGCUGCUCGUGAAGUACUUCGGCCGCUCCACGAGCGUGCGCGUCGACGACGCGGGCAGCAGCGUGAGGCGGCUGAGCGAGCUGGACGAGCUGCUGAACCGGGUCGGCCGAUGCAUCGAGCUGCUCGACCUGCGUGUCCCGGAGCAGGCGUGGCGUGUCCCGGAUCAGGCAGCGCGGCUCGCACCACCGCAGCAGCUGCCGAAGGCGUCUGGCCGCCCCGGUUCUGAGCGCGGACCUGGCGGCAUGCGCAUCCAGCUCUUCGUCAAGUUCCUGCCGGGCAAGACGGUCACGCUGGAGGUGGAGCCCUCCGACUCGAUUGAGGCCGUCAAGGCGACGCUCCAGGACAAGGAGGGCAUCCCGCCCGACCAGCAGCGCCUCAUCUUCGCCGGCAGGCGGCUGGAGGACGGCCGCACCCUCUCCGACUACAACAUCCAGAGGGAGUCGACGCUGCACCUGGUGCUCCCGCGAGUGCUGUUGUUGGCGGACGCGGCGGCCAACGACCCACGGCACGACCCGCAUCGCAUGCAGAUCUUCUGCAGGACGCUGACCGGCAAGAUUCUCGUGCUGGCGCUGCACCCGAACCACACCAUCGCGGAGGUCAAGGAGCAGAUCCAGGGCAAGGAGGGCAUCCCGCCGGAUCAGCAGCGCAUCUCAUUCGCCGGCAUGCAGCUGGAGGACGACGGCACGCUCGUCGACUACAACGUCCAGAAGGAGUCGACGCUCCAGCUGGUGCUCCGGCUCCGCGGCGGCAUGUUCCACGAAACGUCGGGGCAGCUCGACUUCGCCGCACUCGCCGCGCUGCGGCAGCGCGUGACGCUGCGCACGCUCGACGGCAACGCCAUCCACACCCUCGAGCUCACCGGCGCCACCUCCGUCCAGGAGCUGAAGGAGGCGGCCUCGACGGCGCUCGCCGCCGCGGCGCGCGACGCGGAGGUCGACGCCGUCGACGCGAUGAGCGAGGCGGAGGCGAAGGCGAAGCUCAAGCAGCUGCUCGGCAAGCGCGCGCGCGAGCCGCCGCUGUCGCCUGCGCCGGCGGCCGCCGGCAGCGGUAGCAGCGCGCCCGACGCCGGCGGCGGCGCGGCCGACGCCGAGGCGCGCAAGGAGCCGCGCCGCUCGCCGCGCCUCGCCGCGGCCGCGGAGCGGCACGCGUAAGGAAGGCCAAUCCUCGUAAAAAGAAAGACAGAAAACAUAU